AGGAAGAAGAAGAAGCAGGAGAGGAAGAAGAAGAAGACACUGACAAGCACAGGCCAAAGGUACAAAAGGCCAUUGAUAAACUGGGCCGAUGCCCCCUUGAUGGCACAAAGAUUGCACAGAAGCCACUUACUGCAUCACCGGAGACACUGCUAGCGAUGAUUAUUGAUGCCAUGCUGAAGUCGCGCCCGAUCUCGCAUGAUCUGACUCAGCGCACAAUCACCAAGGUUAUUGAUGCUGGGUAUCAUGAUAUCCACAAAUUGCUGGAUAGUACCUGGGAAGAGCGCACGAUGAUUCUCAAGGAUGGAGGGUACAAUCGGUAUAGGGAGCAGGGAGCUACUAAUUUAGGAGAACUGGCAAAAUUAGUCGAGGGCAAAUACGAUGGUGAUCUCAAUAAUCUAUUGGAAGAGGCACAUCACAACCGCGACGAAGUAAGGCAGCUCAUCAAGGAGAUCAAGGGUCUGGGCGACUUAGGCGCCGAUCUAUUUUUCAACAAUGUACAGAGUGUGUGGCCUGAAAUUGCUCCGUUUGUUGACAAACGCAGCCUGCAAACGGCCGAUCAAGUCGGGAUUAGCACCGAUCUGGAUGCCAUCUACGCCGAUCUGAAACGUGAUUCAAUGAAGAUGAGCAGAUUGGCCAAUGGCUUAUCUGCUGCGAGGUUAGAUAAAAGGCAAGGAGAGCUUCUAAGCGUUUGAUUGCUUCGAUUGAAGUAGUUUAUCUCGUGUACAUAGUUAGGGCAAUUAUAGCUACAAGUAAGAUUUUGAUUGGAAAAGGUACACUCAACGAUGCCU